UGCCGUCGUGUGUAGUCGUCCGUUCUGCUGGUAACUGGGUCCCGUGCGUGGCGCUGGAAACUCCAACGGCCCCGAGUUCUCGAUUCCCGAUUCCAGAUUCCUACUCGCGUGCGAUCUCUCUCACUUUCUCUCUGUCUCUGUCUCUCUCUGUAAAACACUCCUCUCUCUCUUUCUUUCUUUGAAACAAUCCUCUCUCUCUCUCUCUCUCUCUCUCUCUCUCUCUCUGGAGUGACCGGCGGCCCCGUCACGUGCGUAAGGACGUAAGACUACUUCUACUAUUACUGCUUCUCGUUGUGUCCCCCCCACCCCGCUCCCCCUUCUGCCUUUCGCUCAUGAGUGAAUGAGGAGGAGGAAGAAGAAUGGAGAAAUAUAUAUUAAAUACGUAUGAGAAUUCUCGGAAACCAUGGAUUUGAUCAGUGAGAAGGAAAGAAGACAAUACGUUGAAAAGUGGCGCCGGAAUCAUUCCCGAAUUCCUGCGCUGAGUUGACUGAAGUAGAAGAAGAAGAUGAUGAUGGCGAUUAGAGCUGAGAUUUCGGAGUAAUGACGAACCGCCAAUGAACCGUAAUGACAUAUCGCACAUCAGUGAUGAGGUUCGUUUAAGUCAAGUCAAAGGAAAAGGGCUAAAAUUGUUUUCAAAGUUUUCUUCUGGAAGUUUCCGGUUAUUGUGGCUUGAGAGAGAAACAACAGUACUUUGCAAAUCUUAGACUCGGCCGCGGGUUUGUUUACGAAAAAAAAAAAAAAAAAAAAAAAAAGACUAGCGGCGGGCGGAGGCGUCUGAAUUGAACCGAAGGUGUCUUGAGUAACCUUCCUUCUAAGAGGCUCUUACCUAUUUGUAGUUUAAACUUCCCGCCGCCUUUGCCCAGAAAGUUUGCGUUUAAGUUGACACCUUCGAGACGGCUUCUUCUUUUUCUUCUUCUUCGUCUUCUUUUUCUUCAGAGUCCAGGAUUUUGGCUGGAACCUCUUCAUCAAAAUAGUGGGCAACUUACUUUCGAGUAAAUGGCAGGUGAAGAUGUGCCCAAAAUAGGCCCUAGAAUUCUGUCAGUUCAAAAUCGCCAGUUAUUUCCACCAAAGAAAUAUACUACAACUCAAGACUAUGCCCUAUAAUCCUGAGUGGUGGAAGUUAAAAGCAGUGAUUCAUCAUAGAAAACGGGAACUCGUUCAACCUGACCCCUUCAGCUGUUCAUCUCGAUGAUUUUGAAGCCGCCCAGAAUCGUUUUAGAAAAAUGAUGAUUGGGCCAAGUUGUUCCUUCCUGUGCCUCCUCAUCCUUCUUCUGCAAGCAGGCUAUGGCAUCCACGUGGACAGAGUGGUCGUUCCAGAAAUGGUCCAGCUGGGUGGAAACGCCACCCUGGAAUGCUGGUACAGGGAAGACGGGGACAAACUGUAUUCCUUGAAGUGGUGGAGGGGAGACGACCAGUUUUACCAAUAUUUGCCACCUGACAGGAGGCAUUUUCGUGUGACUGGCGUCCACGUCGAUAUGGAAGCCACAGCUAGUCUCAAUAAUAAAUACGGUCCAAGUGGCGUCGAGAUUGUCGUGUUGGACCGAGUGGGGCUGGACACAGGUGGGGUGUUCAAGUGCGAGGUUUUAGCUGACAAUAACUUCAGGACUGAGUACCAGGAGGCUAAUAUGACUGUGGUCCGCACACCUGAAGGACCCCCUGAGAUCAUGAUGUCAUCAGACAUACAGAGAGACAAUAUCACAGUUGGACAGAAACUGUCGCUAAACUGUUCAUCUCCUCUUGCAAAUCCUCCCUCUAGCCUGACUUGGUACAUCAACAGUAGACUGGUAAACUCCUCCUGGGUCACGAAUUUCCCUCCCAGAUAUCGCCAUUACCUCGCUCAAACGAUAUCGAGGCUGGAGUUCGUCGUGAGCGAGCGGCUUCUCCUGCCGGGGAGGAUUUUGGAGGUCCAGUGCCUGGCCACCCAGAGUUACCCAGGCCCUGACGAGACCCACUACAGCAGGAGUACCGUCUUGGACCUGAAGGCUAGACAGAUCCCUUCAUUCUGGGAGAAAAUGUUCAGCCAAGGUCCGAACCUCCUCACCUUCAGACAACCAGUACAUUGUCUGUUUAUACUAAGUAUGAUAACAUACGUCAUACCUAUACUCCUCUUCAGUCCGUUUUGAAGAUACUCUUAGUCAUAUUUAAAGAUUAAAAACUUAAUUAAACAGUGAACAUAUUGUUCAUCAGUUGCUUCCUGUGCAGAGCAGAGACAACAGUCGCGAGGGGCCGUUGUGUCUCCCCCAAUUCCAGUGACUUAGGAUCGUCUGCCAACAAAAUAUUGCUUCAACAAGUAGAUUAGCUUUUGUUUUAAUUUACAGUGGACGAAAGCCUGACGCCUUUAGGAACUCCAGAACUAAGAUUCGUAAGAAAAGGUGAAACGAAGAAGUUAAGGAGAAAAGUUUAAUUCAAUAAGUAGAUUAGCUUUUGUUUUUAUUUAAAGUCGACGAAAGCCUGACGCCUCCAGGAACUCCAGAACUAAGAUUUGUAAGAAAAUGUCACACAGAAAGGAUGUGGAGCAGAGUUUAUUAAAGAGGAAUAAAGCAAGUGACACGAAUCCCCCCCCUCCCCCCCCUCCCCCCCAGAAAUGGAAUGGUAGUAGAUCCUUUUAGUUUCAUUCGUAAUGGCGCCAGUGUCAGUGACUGAUUCUCCAGUUGGUGGGUCUUCCUUUAGCUGAUUCCUGAAGGUCGGGGAUGGAAAGAGGAACGAGAUGCUAGCAGCAGUAUUCAAGGAUUCUGGAAACUGGAAUGCUAUGAUCAUACAAGAAAAAUCUGGAAACUAGAAUAUUGUGAAAGUAAACUCAAAAUUCGGAGACUAAUGCUAUAAAAACAAGAAAAAUCUGGAACAGGAAUGCUAUGAACGUAAGAAAAAAUCUGGAAACUGGAAUGUUGUUAAAACAAGAAAAGACUGGGUACGGGAAUGAUGUAACAAUAAGAAAAGAGUGGAAACUGGAAUAUUGUGAAAACAAGAAAAAAUCUGGGACUGGAAUGUUGUGAAAAGGAGAAAAAAAAGUCUGGAAACUGAAGUGUUGUGAAAGCAAGAAAAAUGUGGACACUGGAAUGGUAUGAGAAACAAGGAAAACUGGAAUGCUGUGAAAAACAGGAAAACUCAUGGAAACUGGAAUGCUAAGAAAAAAAGAAACAUCGAAAAACUGGAAUAUUGUGAAAACAAGAAAAAACGGAAACUGGAAUAUUGCGAAAAUAAGAAGUAUGAAAACUGGAUGUUGUUAAAACAAGAAAAACCUAGAAGCUGGAAUAUUGUAAAAGCAGGAGAAAUCUGGACACUGGAAGGCAUGAAAACAAAAACUUUGCAAAUUGGAAUGAUGUAAAAAAAAAAAAAAAAAAAACAAGAAAGCACCUGGAACCUGGAAUGCUAUGACAACAAACAUAAACGAGGAACGGGAAUGAUAUGAAAACAAAAAAGUCUAGAAACUGGAAUGUUGUCAAAGCAAAAAAUCUGGAAACUGGAAUGUUGUGGAAACAUUGGCGUAAGGUAAAUCUAACCGAAUUUUAACCAAGGUAGCAUUGUGUUAAAUCUCUUUAAUUUAACAUUUGUUUAGAGGGAAUGGAUCGUAGAUCUUAAAUUGGAAUUCUGGAUUCAGGUUGUGGAUUAGAAUUGUGUUAAUAACACUUACAGCAUAUUUGGUUUUGCGUAGAUUAGCUUAGCAUGAGACUGAUUACUAAUUAUUAACUCUCUUUACUUACUAACUUACAAUAGACACCCGCAGAGAAAUAAGGCCAGAGAUUUUUAUCAAUUUUUAAUUUUAUGCUUGAGAGCAGUCGGCUAAUGAUUUUUUUCUUUUAUUUAUUGGCUUUUGUUUCCUGCUGAUGUGAGGUAUACAUAUAUAUAUGUCUGUUGAACAUAUAUUUAUCUUGACAUGGUUUGAGAGUCACUUAAUGCCCUGGAAUAUAGACUGUUUAUCUCCGUACCCAGAAGAGAUAUUGUGUAUACAAAAAAAUAGAAAACUAAAUCUUACUUAUGUACGCCAGCGAAAGAGAGAGAGAGAGAGAGAGAGAGAGCAACUGACUUUUAUGAAGAAUAAGAACUCGCGUCACACCGCCUUAUGACACAUGGCUGUUAUAAAGAGAGAGAGAGAGAGAGAGAGAGAGAGAGAGAGAGAGAGAGAGAGAGAGAGAGAGAGAGAGAGAG